CAGCAACCUAGAGAGAGAGAGAGAGAGAGAGAGAGAGAGAGAUACAGAAGUGUUGUGGAGAGAGAAAGAUCUUCAUCAUCGACUUCCAUGUCUGAGCUCUGACUUGUUUGAAACCCUAAUUUUUCGUAAAAAAAAGGCCACAGAUUCUGAAGAAAUCCUAGAGUUAUCUCUAUAAUGGUGGACACGUUGCUUGCGGGCUUGCAAGAUCAUCUCAAAUUGGCUAGAGAGUACGCCCUUGAAGGUCUCUACGAUACUUCCAUUAUCUUCUUCGAUGGUGCCAUCGCUCAGAUCAACAAGCAUUUAAACACACUUGAUGAGCCUUUAAUCCGUUCAAAAUGGAUGAAUGUAAAGAAAGCUCUUACAGAAGAAACGGAGGUUGUGAAGCAAUUGGAUGCAGAGAGAAGGGCUUUCAAGGAGAUUCACGUGGGUAGAAGACCUUCUUCACCUCCAAUUUCUACCAAAUCGUCAUUUGUUUUUCAACCAUUAGACGAGUACCCAACUUCAUCUGGUGCUUCGAUGGAUGAUCCUGAUGUAUGGAGGCCGCCUAGUAGAGACAAUGGAAGUAGAAGACCCACAAGGGCAGGUCAAGUGGGUAUGAGGAAGUCACCUCAAGAUGGAAGUUGGGCUCGUGGAGGUUCUGCAAGAGCUGGAACGACUGGUCGCGGAGCAAAGGCUGGUGGUUCUAGUAGGUCAAACGCAGGAGUCCGAGCUUCAACUGUUGGGAAGAAAGGCACUGGCCCAGGGAAAUCUGGCAAGGCUGAUUCGGUGAAUGGUGAUGCUGAAGAUGGGAAGUCCAAACGUGGACAGUAUGAGGGGCCUGAUCAUGACUUGGCUGAUAUGCUUGAAAGGGAUGUCUUGGAUUCCACCCCUGGAGUGAGGUGGGAUGAUGUGGCUGGGUUGACUGAAGCAAAAAGACUUCUAGAGGAAGCUGUUGUUCUUCCUCUGUGGAUGCCUGAAUAUUUCCAGGGAAUUAGGCGACCAUGGAAAGGCGUUCUUAUGUUUGGCCCUCCUGGCACUGGAAAGACACUUUUGGCUAAAGCUGUUGCUACUGAGUGUGGUACAACAUUCUUCAAUGUUUCUUCUGCUACUUUGGCUUCAAAAUGGCGUGGGGAGAGUGAGCGUAUGGUGCGGUGUUUGUUUGAUCUUGCAAGAGCUUAUGCUCCAAGUACAAUAUUCAUUGAUGAAAUUGAUUCUCUCUGCAAUGCUCGGGGGGCUUCAGGGGAGCAUGAAUCAUCCAGAAGAGUGAAGUCUGAACUUCUAGUUCAGGUAGAUGGUGUGAAUAAUACUUCCACUAAUGAAGAUGGUAGUCGCAAAAUAGUGAUGGUUUUGGCUGCUACUAAUUUUCCAUGGGAUAUAGAUGAGGCACUGAGGAGGAGGCUGGAAAAGCGAAUAUAUAUACCACUUCCGAAUUUUGAAAGCCGUAAGGAACUUAUUCGAAUUAAUUUGAGAACUGUUGAGAUGGCUCCUGAUGUAGAUAUCGAUGACGUGGCUCGUCGGACAGAGGGAUACAGUGGAGAUGAUCUCACAAAUGUUUGUCGGGAUGCCUCUUUAAACGGCAUGAGGCGUAAGAUAGCCGGGAAGACACGCGAUGAGAUUAAAAACAUGUCAAAGGAUGAGAUUUCAAAUGACCCGGUUGCCAUGUGCGAUUUUGAAGAGGCCCUGACCAAGGUUCAACCUAGCGUUUCCGCAGCUGAUAUUGAACGGCACGAGAAGUGGUUUUCAGAAUUUGGAUCCGCAUAAAACGGGUAAAUGGAUACUAAAGCAAUCUUUUGUUUUUCAUGAUCUGCCUAUUCUGUUUUGCUAUUCUUUUUUGGCUGUUUUGAGCAGUGUUGUUGAUUUUCAUCAUAUAAGUGUUGCAAAGGUCUCAUUAUUAUUGUUGUGUUCUUGUGUAAGUCUAAUUGAAAAUGUAUCAUGUUUACAGAGCUUCCAUUCCUAUUCAUUCAAUGUAUUAAUAGUAAAUUCAAAAUUUACAUUCAGCAUUCGGAUCAAAACUACCAUUGUUUGCAGAUCGAACCUUACAAAA